AUGUCCGACGGCACCAAUGCCACCGCCGCCUCUUCCGCUCCUGCUGGCACCGGAGCUGGAGCCGCACCCGUAGAGGUGCCCGUCCUUGGCUUUACCACCUUCACCGCCCUACCCACCUUUGCCGUCUCGCCCAUCCCGCCGCCGCCGGCCACGCGUCGCCUCACCCACUCCGACGGCCCGCUCGUCUGGAUCGACUGCGAAAUGACCGGCCUUCUCGCCACCGACCGCCUCCUCGAGAUCGCCGUCAUCAUCACCGACGCGCAGCUCAACCCGCUCGACGAGGGCGUCAGCUACGUCAUCAAGACGGAAAAGCACGUCCUCGACGCCAUGGGCGAGUGGUGUGUCAACCAACACGGCAUCUCGGGUCUCACGGCCGCCUGCCUCGACCCCACCGUCGCCAGGUCGCACCAGGACGUCCGCAAGGCCGUCCUGGCCUACAUUAUCGACCGCGUACCCGCCAAGCGCAUCGGCGUGCUCGCUGGCAACACGGUCCACGCCGACAAGGUCUUCCUGCAGCGCGAGCUGCCAGAGCUGGUGGAACACCUGCACUACCGCAUCGUCGACGUAUCCUCGUUCAAGGAAUGCGUCCGCAGGUGGUACGGCGAAGAGCAUGUGUGGCAGGGUGGAAAGGGAAGCCACCGAGCACUCGACGACAUCAGGGGAAGCAUCGAAGAGUUGAAGCACUACCGCCAACGCUUCUUCGUCCCGCCCUCGUCGGUCCAGGCUUCCUGA